CGUCCUUAUUGGAGUUUUCGGAAGAGGAUUCGUUUCAAAUUUAAAGGUCCGGCUGCGAGCUACGGGACUAUUAUGCGAAACAGCGUGUACAAGGAAGCCUCUGAGAAGUAAACAAUACAAUAAUGGAUCCCGCCACAGUGAUAGCUCUCUGCAAGGAAAACAUCCAGCCGUUGAGGUACGGGCGAAAUGCCGCACAACUGGGGACCGCGUUGAGGGCUCAAGAGGACGUCGAUGCGCAGCAGUUGCUGUUACAGGAGAAACAAAUGUACGAGGAUGCGAUUAAGAAUUACGAGGGAGAGGACCCCCUGGAGAGUUGGUAUGAAUAUAUUCUCUGGGUGGAGCAGAGUUACCCAAAGAACGGGCACGAGUCCCACAUUGGGAGGCUCUUGCAGCAAUGCUUGACAAUGUUCGAGAAGGAGAUUAGGUAUCAUCAAGACCGCCGAUACAUACGUCUGUGGAUCAAUUAUAUAAGUAUGCAGAAGAAUCCCCUGGAAUUGUACCAUUUACUGCAUAACAACGGGAUCGGGACUAUGGUGGCGGACAUGUACAGGGCGUGGGCUUUUGAACUGGAACAGAUUGAGGAUUACAAGCGUGCGGAUGAAGUUUACUUGAUGGGGUUAUCUGCUCACGCGGAACCGUACGAAGAGCUGAGCCACGCUCAUCAAAACUUCCAGUUGUCUGUGGCGCGCAAAACGCUCGGGCGUAUCGAGGAGAGAAGCGAUAUAUCAUUGCUGGAGCAACGUCAGGCUUUCAGUUCGUUGAAGGCGAUCAGAGCUGGCAAAAGAGUCGGUAGUUUACGAACGGGCCAUCGUGUGCGUGAUUAUUAUCCCGGCGCGGUACCGCAGAUCGCCGGUUCUAUGCAGAACGCGAAGAUGCCCAACUCCAAGAUACAGAUAUAUCAAGACGACAUGGCCGGGGAGAUGAAAUGUUCCAGUAUAUUAGAUCACGUGCCUAUAGAGGAUGCGAUACACAAGGAGAACACUAUCAAAGCGGGACCGUGGAACAAUGGGAACAAGAAAUGUCCGCUGAUAGCUCCCACCGUCAGACCAGGCUUCAAGGUUCACGAAGACCAGAACGACGAGUGCGACAUGGAGAAACUGAAGUUAUUCCCAAACCACGUACCUUACGCCGAUGGUAGCAAAGACCACGACUGUUUGAGGGUGCCGGUAUACGUGCCAGAUCCGAUAUAUUCAAAUAUUGUACAAAAGGCGCAUUAUCCCAAAGAGAUAGUUUAUGCUGAUAAUGUCGAUCGUAGUAUGGAAGAGAUUAGAGCGCAACUGUACUUGCAAAGAACAACGACGCAACUUCUGGAGAAUAAGCAUGAGAUGUCAUCGGUGGCUUGUUUGCGCGGGACCAACGAACAGUCCCAGUCACAGCUGAACAACUUCGAGUAUCAUUUGCAAGAGAUGGAGAAGCAGAAUAAAUUGGAUCAGCAGAGAAGGGAAGCCGAGAUCAGCAGGCAGCAGAGACUCCAGGCCGAGCAGCAGGAGCUGCAGAGGCAGCAGUACGAAGCCGAGAAUCGGGCGUUGGAGACCCAACGGCAGGAAGCCGAGCAGAGGGAAUUGGAGAGGUUAGAGGCCGAGAGAAUAGAAGCCGAGAGGAUAGAGGCCGAGAGGAUAGAAGCCGAGAGGAUAGAGGCCGAGAGGAUAGAGGCCGAGAGGAGGGAGGCCGAGAGGAUCGAGGCGCAGCGAAUCGAGGCGGAAUUGAACACGCAACGGAAGCUACAGUCCUCGAGUUUCAUGCAUCAGCAUCACACCUCGUCAUUGGCCGCCGAUGCCGAGGAGCAUCUGCUCGGUCUGAGCCUCACCGCGAACACGAAGGAGGCGAUCGGGGUCGUGCAAAGCAUGUGGCACUCUCCGGAUGCCACGGCCGCUAACACUCCGCGCUUUCGUAGCCCCAUCACGCCCAGAAUGGUGGACUCGAGGAACAAAAUGCCGUUCGACAUACACAUGGACAGUUCUAUGACUCAGCAUGCGAUGUCCAACAGCAAGCACCAUCAGGGAUACAACAUGCAGGUCUACAAUGACCAAGAGAAUCACCAGAGUUAUCACACGCCGCCGCAUCAUAGUUACCAUGCUCAGGAUCAGCAGGCGGCGUACGGGAAUCACGGAUUGCAAAACAGUUAUCACUAUCAGAUGCAGCAACAUCAACACGAUCACCAAGUGCAACAGCCGCAUCCCCGCCAGCACCAUCCUCAGCAGCACCCUCAGUUACACCCGCAGCAACAUCCCCCGCAACAUCAUCAGCAGCUGAUCCCGUCGCCUCAGAUGCACCACCAGGCUCUCACCCAUCCGCAGCAUCUACAGUCUCACAGCCAGCUGCCGCAUCACCAGUCUCACGUUCAUCCGCAACAUCACCACCAUCACCACCACCACCAUCUCCACCACCAGCCGUCGCACAUGCCGCCGCAGCAUCCCCAGCAACAAGCUCAGCACAUGCAUCAGCACAUGCAGCAGCAUAUCCAGCAUCCCGUCUACGGCAACAUGUUGCCGAACGAGAACAUCAGUUAUCAGCAGUACUCGACGUCGAUGGAGCCCGCCAUGCUGCAGCACAGCGUGGAACAGCAGAAGCAGUUGCACUUCUCGCCGUACAACGACUCCCCCGCCUCCGACAUCGAGACGAGCAAAGCACCGUACAGAAUGCCGCCGGAGUUGCCGUACAUCAAGUCGCCCGGGAUGAAUCGCAAGGACAUCAAGUAUCUCGAGAGCGCCGAGGACAAAGAGAACGCGAUCGUCGUGGAUUACAACGGCCCGUUGGAGGAGAACAUGGUACCCAAGCCGACGGAUGAGAAUAAUUUGUAUAUCGACGAGAGUUUGGGUAUAGCACCGCUGAUGGCCAGUAACGAUACGUGCUUUACAGAAGCCUUCAACACGCAAUUAGCCAGCUCCACGCCAAUGACUAAUCAUUUCAAGCCGUCUUACAGGGUGAAGGAAGAACCGCAGUUUUCCAACCAAACCACUGCCGCGAGCCAGCCGAUCACGGAAGUACCUGCCCGCGAAGGCGAGGAGAAGCUGAGCGUAAUAUUGGAGUCUACCCGGGAGUAUGUCUCGAGCAGUUCAGGCAGCAGCACUUACACCAGGACUGCCGGCCUGACUUUUGCCAUCACCAGGGAGGACAUGGUUCCUAUUAAGGAACGAUCUGUGGAAACAACUAUAAACGAGGAAUCGAACGAAUCCAUGCUGUCCGUGAAUCAGCCCUACGAGCAGAAGCUGCACGCCCAGAUCCAGGCUGUGCACGCUCAAAGUCCGCGCACGGUGCAACGGAACGUCGAUCAGAUCACCUCCGAGAUCAAGAAUAAUUGCGAUCUGAGGAAAUCGAUAAAUUUCACGCUUAACGAGGACAAUUCCGAGAAGUUGGACACUAUGGAUUGUGAAGAGCAUGAGCCUAUGGAACAGGUGGAGGAGGAGUGCUUCGAGCUCCCUACGAAGGACAUCAAUCCUUUCGACAAGAACUUAAUCGCUGGUCUGUUGAAAAAACUCAAGUUUCCUCAGCCCCAUCACGCCGAGGGGUAUACGAGAAUAGAUACUAACCUAAACAAGUUCGUGCCUUCUACUCUGGUUACGCUCGGCAACGAGGCGUACGAUUUGGAAAAGUGCCUUGGAAAAGGGAUGUACGGGACAGUUUUUAAAGCGGUCAACGUGCAGACAGGCGAGACCGUCGCUCUCAAAACGCAAAAGCCCGCUUGGGUCUGGGAAUAUUAUAUCGUGCGCGAGAUAAAAGCGCGUCUUACAAAUUCACACAUGCUGCGCGGUUUCAUGGAUGUGACGAUGGCUUACGUAGCGAACAAUGGAAGUAUACUAGUUUCGGAAUAUUCCAAGUUCGGGACGUUAUUGGCGGUGACGAAUCAAAUAAAAAUCGCCACCGGCAAACCUCUGAUGGAGACCCUAGCUAUUUUCUUCACAAUUGAGAUGCUCCAAAUCGUGGAGUACUUACACAAAUGCCAAAUAAUACACGGGGACAUAAAGCCGGAUAAUUUUUUACUAAUGCGACCACCUACACAGGAUGUAAGGCCGACUAUACAAUUGAUAGAUUUCGGAUGUAGCAUAGACAUGAAAUUAUUACCGGAGAAUACAACGUUCACUCAAGUGAUCAAAACGGAAGAUUUCACUUGUAUCGAAAUGCAGACCGGCAGACCAUGGACAUAUCAGACCGAUCUGUAUUGCUUGGCAGCGACCAGUCAUUGUUUAUUAUUCGGCAAUUAUAUGAGGGUGUCUAAUAUAGGUGGCCGUUGGUUCAUUGCUUCGAAAUUACCAAGGUACGCGAAAAAGGUUGCGUGGGAGCAGUUCUUCACGGAAUUAUUGAAUAUCGAGUCGUGCGACAAGAUGCCCGACCUGGCGAGAUUGAGGAACAUGAUGGAGGAGACGCUGGCGCAAAUGCCGGAGGUGCAAACGAAAUUUCGGACCUUCGUCAACAUCCUCAAUAAACGAUAACGCUUACUGCAUCUGACGAUAUGUUCCAAUGUGUGCACAUAUUUAGUAAAGAACCAACGUGUAAUAAGAAACAUUAAUGUUAUUGUGCUAUUUAUUAUAAAAGUUAAUACUACAGUGAUAUAUGUAUCUAUGCAGUUAUAACACAUUGAAAAAAUGCACUUUAUGGCCUGCUUCGUGGAGGCUUUUUACAGAUAUAUGUUGCUUGCACAUAAUCGAUUAUUAUCAUUAAGAGCACUGUGCAACGAGUUUGACCAUUUAACAAAUGUUUCAGAAACUUACAAGGUGUGUGUGCGAAGGUUUAUACGAUAGAGGUUUUGAAAAAAAAGAAAAAAAAAUGUAUCUUGUUAUCUCUUUCAUGGCACGGGUACGCUCACGCUCAGAAUUAAACGCGCGAACAAACCGUUGUAUAAUAAGAUUCACAAAGUCUUAUCAAAUUCGGAAACCUGUAAAAAUGAAUAGUACAAUGUGCGUGUGAUAUGGAUGUGCACUGUGGACCCUUCAGAUCAGCAAGAUCGCAUGCAUGUACACUAAGUAAUUUGAGAGUACCUUGUAUAGAUAAUUAAUGUAAUAUGUAACCCUUGUAUAUUUACUAUAGGUCAUGAUUCUAAACCACUCGACUUUGUCGCAUUCGAUGUCAACGGG